AGUGCAUGCCGGGCAAGAGGAAGACCUCCAGAAGCUCCCCGCGCAUCGCGGCUGUGUUUGCGGCCUGUGCAAAUAGGCGCUUCGGAAUUAGUCUCCCGGGCGAGCGGCGCUCAGAAACCUCGAACCGGUGGAGCCCAUUCGUAACGUGGAGCCCAGAGGGCCGCGAAGACAGUACCGUUUUCUUAGCGGCGGACUGCUGCAGUAAGAAUGUCUUUCCCCCCUCAUUUGAAUCGCCCUCCCAUGGGAAUCCCAGCACUCCCACCGGGUAUCCCACCCCCACAGUUUCCUGGCUUUCCUCCACCUGUGCCUCCAGGGACCCCAAUGAUUCCUGUACCAAUGAGCAUUAUGGCUCCUGCUCCAACUGUCUUAGUACCCACUGUGUCCAUGGUCGGAAAGCAUUUGGGAGCAAGGAAGGAUCAUCCAGGUUUAAAGGCAAAAGAAAAUGAUGAAAAUUGUGGUCCCACUACUACGGUUUUUGUUGGCAACAUAUCCGAGAAAGCCUCAGACAUGCUUAUACGACAGCUCCUAGCUAAAUGUGGUUUGGUUUUGAGCUGGAAGAGAGUACAAGGUGCUUCUGGAAAACUUCAAGCUUUUGGAUUCUGUGAGUAUAAGGAGCCAGAAUCUACUCUCCGUGCACUCAGAUUAUUGCAUGAUCUGCAGAUUGGAGAGAAGAAGUUACUUGUUAAAGUUGAUGCAAAGACAAAAGCACAACUGGACGAAUGGAAAGCAAAGAAGAAAGCUUCUAAUGGGAACGCCAGGCCUGAAACUGUCACUAAUGAUGAUGAAGAAGCCUUAGAUGAAGAAACCAAGAGAAGAGAUCAGAUGAUUAAAGGGGCCAUUGAAGUUUUAAUACGUGAAUAUUCCAGUGAGCUAAAUGCCCCAUCACAGGAGUCUGAUUCUCACCCAAGGAAGAAGAAGAAGGAAAAGAAGGAGGACAUUUUCCGCAGAUUUCCAGUGGCCCCACUGAUCCCUUAUCCACUCAUCACCAAGGAGGAUAUAAAUGCCAUAGAAAUGGAAGAAGACAAAAGAGACCUGAUAUCGCGAGAGAUCAGCAAAUUCAGAGACACACACAAGAAACUGGAAGAAGAGAAAGGCAAAAAGGAAAAAGAAAGACAGGAAAUUGAGAAAGAACGGAGAGAAAGAGAGAGGGAGCGUGAAAGGGAACGAGAAAGGCGAGAACGGGAACGAGAAAGGGAAAGAGAACGUGAACGAGAAAAGGAGAAAGAACGGGAGCGGGAACGAGAACGGGAUAGGGACCGUGACCGGACAAAGGAGCGAGAUCGUGAUCGGGAUCGAGAGAGAGAUCGGGACCGGGAUCGGGAAAGGAGCUCAGAUCGUAAUAAAGAUCGGAGUCGAUCAAGAGAAAAGAGCAGAGAUCGUGAAAGGGAACGAGAACGGGAAAGAGAGAGAGAGCGAGAACGGGAGAGAGAGCGAGAACGGGAGCGUGAGAGAGAGCGAGAAAGAGAACGGGAGCGGGAAAGAGAGAAAGACAAAAAACGAGACCGAGAAGAGGAUGAGGAAGAUGCUUAUGAGAGAAGAAAACUUGAAAGAAAACUCAGAGAGAAAGAAGCUGCUUAUCAAGAGCGUCUUAAGAAUUGGGAAAUUAGAGAACGGAAGAAAACCCGGGAAUAUGAGAAGGAGGCUGAAAGAGAAGAAGAAAGAAGAAGAGAAAUGGCCAAAGAGGCUAAACGACUAAAAGAAUUCUUAGAAGACUAUGAUGAUGAUAGAGAUGAUCCCAAAUAUUACAGGGGGAGUGCUCUUCAGAAAAGGUUGCGUGAUAGAGAAAAGGAAAUGGAAGCAGAUGAACGAGAUCGGAAGAGAGAAAAGGAAGAGCUGGAGGAAAUUAGGCAACGCCUUUUAGCAGAAGGGCACCCAGAUCCAGAUGCAGAGCUUCAGAGGAUGGAACAAGAGGCUGAGAGGCGUAGACAACCACAAAUAAAGCAAGAGCCAGAAUCAGAGGAAGAAGAAGAAGAAAAGCAAGAAAAAGAAGAAAAACGAGAAGAACCCAUGGAAGAGGAAGAAGAACCAGAGCAAAAGCCUUGUCUCAAACCAACUCUGAGGCCCAUCAGUUCAGCGCCAUCUGUUUCCUCUGCUAGUGGAAAUGCAACGCCCAACACUCCUGGGGACGAGUCACCCUGUGGUAUUAUUAUUCCUCAUGAAAACUCACCAGAUCAACAACAACCUGAGGAACAUAGGCCAAAAAUAGGACUAAGUCUUAAACUGGGUGCUUCCAAUAGUCCUGGUCAGCCUAAUUCUGUGAAGAGAAAGAAACUACCUGUAGAUAGUGUCUUUAACAAAUUUGAGGAUGAAGACAGUGAUGAUGUUCCCCGCAAAAGGAAACUUGUUCCCUUGGAUUAUGGUGAAGAUGAUAAAAAUGCUGCCAAAGGCACUGUAAACACUGAAGAAAAGCGCAAACAUAUUAAGAGUCUAAUUGAGAAAAUUCCUACAGCCAAACCUGAGCUCUUUGCUUAUCCUUUGGAUUGGUCUAUUGUGGAUUCUAUAUUGAUGGAACGACGAAUUAGACCAUGGAUUAAUAAGAAAAUCAUAGAAUACAUAGGUGAAGAAGAAGCUACAUUAGUUGAUUUUGUUUGUUCUAAGGUUAUGGCUCAUAGUUCACCUCAGAGCAUUUUAGAUGAUGUCGCCAUGGUACUUGAUGAAGAAGCAGAAGUUUUUAUAGUCAAAAUGUGGAGAUUAUUGAUAUAUGAAACAGAAGCCAAGAAAAUUGGUCUUGUGAAGUAAAACUCUUUUUACAUUUAGAGUUCCAUUUCAGAUUUCUUCUUUCUCACCCUUCAAAGGACUUUGAAUUUUUUUUUGUCUUCAAAGGCAUUUGUGAGAUCUGUAAUUUUUUUUUUAAUGUAGAAAAUGUGAAUUUUUUUUUUUUUUUUUGGUCCUCUAAUUUGUUAAUUCCCUGUGUACUCCCUUGGUUGUAAAGUCAUCUGAAUCCUUGGUUCUCUUUAUACUCACCAGGUACAAAUUACUGGUAUGUUUUAUAAGCUGCAGCUACUGUACACAGCCUAUCUGAUAUAAUCUUGUUCUGCUGAUUUGUUCCUUGUAAAUAUUAAAAUGACUCCCCAAUUCUUUUGCAGAAUUCCACUUAAUAUUGAACCGUACUGUAUAGGAACCAAUGUGAAUGAUUUUAAUUGAAAGUAUAUCAGUCAUAUCUAUUACCACCUCCACCCUCCUUUGAUGAGAAAUGGCAAGCCCUCAUGAAAGCGUGAAAUUUAAAAUUAGUAUGCAAAAAUUAGCAGACAAUCCAUUCUUACUGUAUCUCCGUAUGAGUGUGUUUGUGUGAAUGUAUGUAUAAAAGUCUAUCUUUUCCCUAAUUGCUUUGGUGGGGUUCCCUUAAAUGUUUCCUAAUUGAACAAUAGAAUCAAAAAGGAAAGUGAUAUUGUGCCAAUCCAAAUGUCUGGUAUAAUAAGGUUAGAGGUUCCCAGAGCAUGGUAUUCUCCUGUGGUGAAAAGUAGUCUGCUGUUAGGAUUGGGUUUCCCUGUGUAUAGCUGACUGCUUCAGAUUCUUUUGUAAAGGAGUAUGGAUUCCUCCUCAUCCCCAAUUUCAUUGCUCAGAAAUGAUGCAAAUUCUAAAAUUUUGGGAAAGUUUUUUUUUAGCCCAUUUUGUCCCAUUGUCUGAUAUGUGGAAUACAUAUAAAACUUAAUUGAGCAACACUUGUGAUAACUUUGAAAUAAUACUUGAACGUAUUUUUUUGCAGAAUUGAAAACUUGGAAUUUAAUGGGUUUAGUACAUUUGUGUAAUAACUGGUCCUUGAUCUUGGUGUACUCCUUUGUUUAAGGGGAAAAGAAAUCUUCAUUCCAAAAGCAUUAGUGGAGAAGAAGGAGGGGGGAGGGAAACCUUAAAAACAAAGGGACUGAGGAUGUAGCUCAGUGGUAGAGUCAUACUUUUCAUGCUAGAGCUCUGGGUUCAAUCCCUUGCACCAAGAAAUAUAAAGUCAAAACAAAGGAUAAAAUUAGAUUAAGUUUACAAGCUAGAAGAAUUUGCCAAACCAGGAAUAUAGCUUUGCAAUUUAUAAGGAUAAAUGAUUCAAGGCAUCUACCAAUCUCUUCUCAUCCAAGUUUAAAUAUAACUGAUGAUACGUUUAGAGACAUACCAGGGGCUUUUUUAAUGGUAUAUGAGACUAUUACCUGGGAGCAAAAUAUACCUGAAAAUCUAACAAUUUUUAAACAGUGCUUUCUUAAUUCAAAUUAGGUGCAGCUUUUCCCAUGUCUAUUUAUUUAAAAGAAAAAGAUUGGCCUGUUAGAAAAGCCUAACUGAGCUUAAGUUACUAGAUUUUUUUUUACAUUUUUUGAGGAUAUUUGGAAACACUGUUCUGAAACAUUGAGCCAUGAUAUGGUUCCAUUAUGUAAAUAUUUGAAACAUUAAAAAUGUAUAUAUUUGAUCUUGGGGAUUCAUUCUUUCAGAGUCUUGUAAAUAAUGGCAUCAUGUUGUAAUCAUGUAGUACAUGCUAAAAAAUAUGGGCUGAAUUUUU